AUGGCUUCAAAGAAUGGCAAUGGCAAGAAGGCGCCGCCUUCAGCGGCCGUUAACCUUAUUGCCGGUGGUGGCGCUGGUAUGAUGGAGGCUCUCGCGUGCCAUCCCCUCGACACAAUCAAGGUUCGCAUGCAGCUCUCAAAGCGCGCACGUCAACCAGGAACCCCCAGGCGCGGCUUCAUCGCGACCGGCGCCUCCAUCGUCGCAAAGGAGACACCCCUAGGCCUAUACAAGGGUCUGGGCGCCGUUGUCACGGGUAUCGUGCCAAAGAUGGCCAUUCGGUUCACAUCGUUUGAGGCAUACAAGCAGUUUCUCUCCGAUAAGGAAACGGGCGUCGUCUCAGGGAAGGCCACUUUCGUUGCUGGUCUCGCGGCUGGUGUCACAGAAGCUGUUGCCGUCGUGACGCCCAUGGAGGUUAUCAAGAUCCGUCUACAGGCCCAGCACCACUCCAUGGCCGAUCCUCUGGAUAUUCCCAAGUACCGUAACGCUGCUCACGCUCUGUACACUGUUGUUAAGGAGGAGGGUCCUGGUGCGCUGUACCGCGGUGUGAGUCUGACAGCUCUACGACAGGGUUCCAACCAGGCCGUCAACUUCACUGCAUACAGCUAUUUCAAGGACUGGCUCAAGGUCUGGCAGCCUCAGUACGAGAACACAAAUCUACCCAACUACCAAACUACUCUCUGUGGUCUCGUUUCUGGAGCCAUGGGUCCUCUGAGCAACGCCCCUAUCGAUACCAUCAAGACUCGUCUACAAAGGGCGACCGCCGCGCCUGGAACUACCGCCUGGACCCGUAUUACCUCCAUCGCCGCUGACAUGUUCAAGCAAGAAGGCUUCCACGCUUUCUACCGAGGUAUCACCCCUCGAAUCAUGCGUGUUGCCCCUGGUCAAGCCGUCACAUUCACUGUCUACGAGUACCUCAGAGAAAAGCUAGAAAGAAGCAACAUUUCCCUUGUUGGCGGCAAGUAUGAGGAAUAA